UGUUGUUUGGUAGCGGUAAUCGGGCGACCGUCCAAGCGCUUUAGAAAACGAACCGAGCGCGUCGCGUUUCUUUCCAAAAAUCGUUCUCGAAAAUACCCACCCAGCGUGUGUGUGUGUCUGUGCGAUUUGGCUAAGAUGUGUGGCUGUGUGCGCGUUGAAGUUGUUGCAUUGACAAGGCGCGAGCAAAAACAACGCCCAGAAAAGUAGGCAACGGAUAUAACAACUUCUUCUGACCUAGCCGAGAAAAUAACGGAGAUAAAAGGCAGUAAGGAACGCCGGAAACCGCAAGGAGCCAACAAAUUGUUGUGAGUGUGCCAGUGUGUGUGCCCGUUGCGCGAGUGUGCGUGUGUGUGAGGCGCCAACUUGCCCCGGCAGAAAAAUAGAAAUAAAUAGUCAGCCAAAUGGCAGCACCAAGGCACAAAAAGUGAAAAGCAUAUCGCGGCGAAAGAAAUAUUUAAGAAAAUUAAAUUUUCCGGCGGAGCCAAGGCCUGGCUGUGCGAAGCGCCAGUGAAGUGUGACGAGAAAGAAAAACCAUUUCCGAAGAAAGUAAAUUUUGCAAAUCAAAGUCAAGCACUCCGAUCCGGCCUGGACUAUUAAACGCCUCAUCCGCCAUGGAAGGACCUCCUUCAGAGCCCCUGAAGCCGUCGGCCAGCGCCUCCUCAUCCUCCUCCUCGGAAUCCUGCUCAUCGCUGAGUACGUGAACGUCUCCGCGGAGAAUGUCCGCUUGCAUGACAAUUGUAGCGUGCCGGCAUUCAGAAAACGCAGCAGCAGACGACGCGGCUGAGCGAGCAGUACGUGAAGUGAUUCCCAACGAGGAGCGCCAGUAGGACCAAAGGACGCGGAGCAAGGACAUCCCACAUCCAACAUCCAACGCACAUGCACGACAGAAGGGCUUAGCACCUGCACUCGAGCCGCAGACAGCAGAGAAGCCAACGCACGGAAUAAUUCACGUAAACUGCCAUAUUUUUUUGAACCAAAAAACAGCCAAAAAACGUACCGCUGUUGUAAAGUACAAUUAAGAGAGGACACAAAAAGUGUGUGUCCUUGCCGAGUCAGGCAAAGCGAAAAGCAGGCCACGCCACAAACAGCUAUCUUGUGGUCAAUUAUACAAGGGCAGAGGGCGGAAAAAGUAUAAAACAGCAGUCGAACAUCAAGUUAUCGGAAAAACAAGGACAACAUUGCGACGUGGCCAUUUUGACCAAUAAUUAUAAUGGUUAUGUUGCUGCACUCGAAGCGACAACUCCCGCCAUCAGCAGCAACGAGAACGCGGCGGAAAGUGCCGCCCCCGACGAGGAGGAGGGCGUGGUCGUCCCUGCUGAUCCUAAUGCUCCUGGAUGUAUACACACCCGGAUGUUCCGCGGCUGGCAUUAGCUACAGCAGCAACAGCGGCAACCUCAGCACCUCGCAGAAGAGCUCCUCGUCGACGAACUCUGGCGGUCUGGUACUGAUCGGUUCCAGCAGCGCCACCUCCAGUUCCGUGCCCUCGUUAUCCCUCACCUCGUCCUCGUCGGUGGGCUCAUCCUCCUCCUCCGCCAGCAGCGCAUCCUCCUCCGCAUCCACCGCCAGCAACAGCGGAUCCAGCGGCAACCGCAGCGGAAGACCCACCAGCAGUAGCAGCAACUCCAACCCGAACUCCAACCCCAGCCAUGAUCAAUUACCCGCUCAGCUAUCGUCGCGGAUUAUCCACACACGCAAUGGCGCCAUAUCGGGCGUAAUUGUCCAAUUAGACGGCAGGCACUUGGAUCCGGUCGAGGCGUACCGGGGAAUCCCCUACGCCUCGCCGCCGGUCGGCAAUUUACGGUUCAUGCCGCCCGUCUCGGCGGCCAUGUGGUCAGGUGUCAAAAAGGCGGACAGAUUCAGCCCGGUCUGCCCGCAGAGAUUGCCGGACAUCCACAACGAGACGGCGGCCCUGGAACGAAUGCCCAAGGGCAGGCUGGAGUAUCUGAAGCGACUGCUGCCCUAUCUGCAGAAUCAAUCAGAGGACUGCCUCUAUCUAAAUAUUUAUGUGCCCAUACAAGUCGGAUCGCGUGACUCCUCGGGCAGUUCCUCGGCCUCAUCCGCCGGCUCCUCAUCCUCCUCGUCCUCGGGCAGUGGUGGCUCCAGUUCAUCCUCCUCGUCGUCUUCGUCAUCCUCCUCGUCGGCUGGGAGCGGAGGUCCUGCCAAGUAUCCUGUGCUGGUCUUUGUGCACGGCGAGUCAUAUGAGUGGAACAGCGGCAAUCCCUACGACGGAUCGGUGCUGGCCAGCUAUGGACAAAUAUUGGUGGUAACCAUAAAUUAUCGCCUCGGAGUGCUGGGCUUUCUGAAUGCCAACACGGACCGCUACUCGAAGCUGCCGGCCAAUUACGGCCUGAUGGACAUCAUUGCGGCGCUGCACUGGCUCAAGGAGAACAUCGUGGCCUUCGGCGGGGAUCCCAACAGCAUCACCCUCGCCGGACACGGAACGGGGGCGGCCUGCGUCCACUUCCUCAUCUCGUCGAUGGCCGUGCCGGAGGGCCUGCUCUUCAAUCGAGCCAUCUUGAUGUCCGGCUCAGGCCUGGCGCCCUGGUCGCUGGUCAGCAACCCGGCCAAGUAUGCGGCCAUUGUGGCCCACCACGUGAACUGCGCCUCCGACCUGCCGCACGCCCACCUCAUGAAGUGCCUGCGGGAAAAGACCCUGGACCAGCUGCUCAGCGUGCCCAUCCGUCCGCCGGAGUUUGGCUUUGCCUUCGGGCCCAGCAUCGACGGAGUGGUCAUCGACGGUGGGGACUACGUGCCGCCCGCCCCCGGAUCUCCGGCGGCCCAGGCCCAGGCUCAGGCAUCGACGGCCGCCGGAAAUGGGCUGGGCGGGGAGGCGGGAAUCGCUGCUGCCGGCGGUUGGGGAACGCCCGGGCAACUCGAGAAUAUCGUAUUAAUGAGAAAAACUGCCAUUAACAAGUUGUCAAGAUACGACCUGAUGGCCGGCGUGACACGUGCCGAGGCCUUUUUCAGCUUCAAUUCGGGCGACGUGCAGUACGGAAUCGAGGCGGAUCGCCGGUCGAGAAUUUUAAAGGCCUACGUACGCAACACGUACACGUUCCAUUUGAACGAGAUAUUCGCCACGAUUGUCAAUGAGUAUACGGAUUGGGAGAGGCCCGUGCAGCAUCCAAUUAAUAUCCGGGACGAAACACUGGAGGCGCUGAGCGAUGCCCAGGUGGUGGCUCCGGCGGCUCAAACGGUGGAUUUGCAUUCGGCGGAUCAUCGCAACUCCUACUUGUACGUGUUCGACUACCAGACGCGAUUCGGUGAUUAUCCUCAGCGCCAGGGUUGCAUUCACGGCGAGGACCUGCCCUAUAUCUUCGGUGCCCCGCUCGUUGGUGGUUUCAAUCACUUCACGCGCAACUACACGAAAACCGAAAUCAGUCUAUCGGAAGUCGUGAUGUUCUACUGGUCCAACUUUGUGCGAACCGGCAAUCCAAAUGAGCAAAUGGAAACGGAACACGGCAGUCGCCAGGAACGGAGUCGCUAUAAAACCAUUGAGUGGACGGCCUACGAGAGUGUGCACAAGAAAUACCUCAAUUUCGAUACCAAGCCAAAGCUAAAGAACCACUAUAGAGCACAUCGCCUCUCCUUCUGGCUGAACCUUAUCCCGGAUCUGCAUAAACCGGGUGGCGAUAAUGUGCCCGCUGCACACCACCAACUGCACGAUGAUGACGACGAGGACAACAACAUACCCAGCGAUGCCUCCGUAAAGCCCCUUAAUCCGCCGUACACUUCACGGGCUGCCAAUGCAGCGGCCAUGGGGAACUUUACGAUUUUCACCAACCAGGUAUUCUCGCUACUCAAUCUCAGUUCACCGUCCUCAUCGCUGCAGAGGAACGGCACUCGUUACGGGGGCAGUAAGAUAUAUCCAGAUGAUAUGAUGGACGGGGAUCACGGGGGCGGGGCGGCCAGUGCCUCGCAGGACAAUGAUGGUUUUGCAGCCUACUCCACGGCAUUGAGUGUGACCAUAGCCAUAGGUUGCUCCUUGUUGAUACUAAAUGUGCUGAUCUUCGCGGGAGUCUACUACCAGAGGGACAAGACCCGGCUGAGUGAGCCCAGGCCCCAGACCAAGCUGAAAAGGCAGGAGAACGGACAGAUGCCGAACAAUAUUUGCGGGGACCUGGAGACGCUGACCAUCCACGCGAAGAGCGAUCCGGCCACCCUACUUUCGCACCACCAUGCCAUGCAGCACCACCAGCUGCCACCGCCGGAAUUCGCGGAUAUACCCCACCGUGCCCCGCCGCCGCCGAAGCACAUGAAGUCCCUGCAGGACCCGGGGGGCGGUGGCUCGGUCAGCGGGGCGGUGGGCGUGUCCGGGGUGGUGCAAAUGCCGCCGCCACACGCCCUCCAAGUGAUGGGCAAUCAAUGCGGUACACUGACCAAAAAGAGCUGCAUGAAGCAAACGCAGGCCCAGGCCCAGCAGCACUCGCCUGCCCAGCAGCAACAGCAGCAGCAGCAACAUGUGGUCACCCAUCAGCAACACUUGCAGAAUCAUCAUAAUCAAAGCAUGACCACUGUGCUGACCACGGCCGGUGGGCUGGUGGUGCCCACGCCACCCACUGUGCCGGUAAUUGUGGCCACCACCACGCAGCACCAGCAGCAACAUCAGCAACAUCAGCAGCAGCAACACCAGCAGCAGCAGCACCAGCAGCAACAGCAACAGCAGCAGCAACAUCCGCUGAUGGACGAGCUGCGUGUGUGACAUUAAUUGACCGUGCGUUUUAAAUGUGAUCUCUAAACGCACUGCAUCCCUAGUCCUUAACCCUAAUCCCUAACCCCUUCCCCUAUGCGUUUCAGCUGUCUCUAUAAAUUAGUUACAUAGGCUACAAGGCCAGUAAGUGUGUGUCGGGAGCUAAAACUGUGUCUAUCCAAUACACACAGAUGCUUCUCCUUGCUAAAAUCUGUUGCUAGUUGGUUUUUAUAAAUUACUCUGUAAAUAGUUGACUAAGUAUAGAUCGUUGUCGAAAUCAUUAUCAAGGAAAGUUAACUUGGAAUUAAUGCUAAGCUACAAAGUGUUCACCAAAAGGUAAUAUGUUUUUCGGUAAUAAGGCCCCUUUACUCUUUUUAGAACCAGUUGUAGAGCUUUUCUAAAGUAAAAAUGGUUUUACAAUAAACUAUUUUUGUGUAUAGAAAUUAAUAUUGAGUUUAGAAAUCAUUCAUUGUAAAUACAAUUAUUCUUUUGAAAACUAUGGAAAAUAAUUCUAUUUAUUUUUAGACUUUCCUUUUUAGUAUAGCAAACUGUUCUUCUGUAUUCUGUUUAUAUUCCAGGUUUUUAUUCCCCCUCUUUAAAUUUUUUUCCAACCCAUUCUCUAUUUCGCAACUAAUUAGGACCAAUAAAACUACACGAUUCCAAGUUACGGACAAGAUUUCAUCUCUUCCUUCUGUUGGCGUUAGUAUAAAAACAUUACGGUAAAAUAAACGUAUAGGAAAAACUACGAGAAUUCUGAAUGCGUAAAACAAAAAAGAACAUGAAUGUUAUUCUUCCAAAGACUGAAUUAUAAUUGUGUGUGUAAAUAAAACUAGAUGCAGAAUUAAAAGUACUACUCUCCGUGUACAACAAAAAACUCCCAUAUAUAUACAUUUUCAAACGAAUAAAUAUGAGAAUGCAGUUUUUAGCCAAACCAAACACAAAAAAGAACUAGCAAAAAUUCAGAGAAAUACGGCAGCCAUAAAAUCAAAUCAUGUACAGGUGCAAAGGAGCUGUUUCUUUAAGUUUUGGCAGGAGAUUUGUAAAAAAAAAACUGUACAACUACCCCAAGAAAACAAUAGAAGCAACUUAAACUCAAACUAAAACUGAAACUAAACUUUGGUCAAACAGAAAACAAACAAAACAAAAGCAAAUUAAAUUAAACUGUUAAUUGUAAGCAUGCAGCUACUUUGUUAUGUAACUAAAUAAAUAUUUAUAUAGCUAUUAAAAUUAGAUGCGUAUAUAAGCCCACACAAAAUAAAAAACAAAUAAGCUCCUCUAUAUAGCUAUACAAAUUUCCAACUGCGAGAAUAGUUAAAAAUUCCAUUAGGAGUUAAGCGGGGCAAUUGAAAAGCGCAGUGAAAGCGAAACAAAUAUUCAUAAUUUAAUCUUUUUUUGUAUUCAGUUGGUUUUUUCGUUCUGAAUUACAACUAUUUACAAACAAUUGCCCGAAAUUGUAAUUAAAAUGGAAAUGAUACGCGAAAAAAUAGGAUGGGAAAAUUAAGCAAUGGAACUGCUCAUUAAAGUGAAACAGCGCGAAAAUUGCAAACAAUUUACGGCGCUUAUUAAAAUACUUGUAAAUUACAUAAACACAUUUAGCGGCAGUAAAAAAAAAGGCCGAAAGGAAACUGUAAUAAAAAACAGAAGCCAUUUACAGCCCUAUUGAGAAUGUAUAAGUCUAUAGCUUCUGUAUGCAUAUACAUACAUCUAUAAAAACAAAUCUAUGUAUUAAUGUAAUGGUGUAAACUUAGCAUAAUUAGCCAAAUAAUACAACAAGUAUAUAUAAAUAAUAUAUAGAUUGCUGCAUAACUGGCAAAACAAAAACGAUACAAUUAAAACCAAAACUCAUGACAACUAUCGCGUUAGAAAAUGUGUAACGAUUGUGCGAAAGAGACUUAGCAUUAACAAAUUCGGACUAAAUGGAAUAUAGUAAAAAUCAGUAAAAAAUAAAAAUAAAAACCCAAUUGAGGAAGGAAGAAAAUUUAAUUUAAUGGUUUAUAACCGCAAAAAUGGUGUGAAACAAGUUGCAGGCACUUAAGAUGAAAUGAAAAUUUAAAUAAUAAUAAAGUUGCAAAAAUUAUAAAAAUUA